CUGAGGACAGGAACCACAUUAUGCUCCAAAGUUGGGUCAAAAAUGUCAACGGCUCGGUUUGACUCCUCUGAUCGGUCCGCCUGGUAUUUUGGACCCGUGUCACGACAAGAGGCACAGAAUAGGUUACAAGGACAGAGACAUGGCAUGUUUCUGGUUCGCGAUUCGUCCACCUGCCCUGGCGACUACGUGCUGUCGGUGUCCGAAAACUCCAAGGUGUCGCACUAUAUCAUCAACUCUUUGCCCAGCAAGAGGUUUAAGAUAGGCGACCAAGAAUUUGAAAACCUCCCCGCCCUCCUGGAAUUCUACAAAAUCCACUACCUGGAUACGACCACGCUAAUAGAGCCAGCUCCCAGGUACCCAAGCACGAUCAGCGCUCCCAUCCAGCCAAUGCUCGGCCCAGAUGAGAACCAGGAGUACGUGCGGACACUAUACGACUUCACCGGCAGCGACGCUGAGGACCUUCCCUUCAAGAAGGGGGAGAUCCUCAUCAUACUAGAGAAGCCGGAAGAACAGUGGUGGAGUGCCAAAAACAAAGAUGGACGUGUGGGGAUGAUCCCUGUGCCCUAUGUAGAGAAAUUGGUACGACCCUCUCCCCACCCGGGCCAGCCUCCGCACGGAUCUCGCAACUCCAACAGCUACGGCAUCCCAGAGCCCUCCCACGCCCUCGUCCACGCCUACGCCCAGCCUCAGACCCCCUCUCCUCUGCCCCCUGGUACACCCGGAGCAGUCAUCACCCCGCUGCCCUCCAUGCAGAACGGCCCCGUCAUGGCGAAGGCCAUCCAGAAGCGAGUCCCCUGUGCCUACGACAAAACAGCUCUCGCUCUAGAGGUGGGCGACAUCGUCCGGGUGACGCGGAUGAACAUCAGCGGCCAGUGGGAGGGGGAGGUGAAUGGGCGGCGGGGGCUGUUCCCCUUCACCCACGUCAAAAUUAUAGACCCCCAGGACCCGGACGAGAGUGACUGA